CUGCAAUGUCUUCGCUGCUGCUGCUUUUCGCUAUCCUGGAAGGCAUGUGCGGCUUCGUGCUACCCAUCUGCAGCGCUUUCAGCAAACCGAUACACUCAUUGAAGAGGUAUUAUUAUGAGGACUUUCUUCUUUUUCAGUACUGUCUUUCCAUUCUGGCCCUUUGCUACUUACAAGCUUUAAUUUUCUACUAUGACCAAAAAGAAAAUCUUCGGUACAAAUAUGGUUACAAAGUGAGCAGGCCAUGUGCAGACGUCGAGAGCGGUACAAUGAAGGAAAAGCACUUUCAACAGAAUGCUACAUUGGGAGACCAGGGGUCAGCGGUUGCAAUCGAUUUAUCCACAAGAGACCCAAGUCAUCAGAUUAGCCUACACAGCCAGCAACCGAAAUCAUUCCGACUGGACGAAGUCGACAGCAACGGCAACUCUGUGGACAUCCAGCUAAAUAUCAUGCCAAAGUCAGCUACCCCAAAUCCGCCUGUGGAGUUUAAGCGGCCCCAAAUUUUCAGCUCCUCGACAAAAGUCUCCUUCACUCUAUCACCUGUUCCGGCCACCUUCCACAAUGGUAAAUCAGCUGUUGAGAGACAUGACAUUGGAAAAAUUUCUGCUAGCACCAAUGAGUUUCAACUCAAGAGCUCGCCGUCGGAUGCUGACAGUAACCUGGAAGCAAACUCUAACUCUGAGUCAGAUUGCGAUUUGGCGAUCGAUCCAAAUGAGGUUGUUUGCUAUAAUGAGACCUCCAUCGAACAAAGUCAUGCUAAACCACCCUCAGAUCAAUCAAGAGAAUCACAACACGGAUGCUCAAAGCGUUCCAAACAAGUGGCAUCCAGGGCGAAAAGAAUCACUCCAUUACAACUUUUGUUUGGGGAUCGAUCGGAAGAGAGGAGGCAGGAAAACUGGCAUUUCUCCAGAGACUCCGAUGGCGUCAACUUAUAUCUACGGCUUGGUGCUGUUGGUUUCGGAUUCGGUGUGAUGAUCUUUGAUGGUUUCAAAAUGGCUGAACCUUGGGAAGUCGCAAUGAAAGACGCCUCUUCCUGCUACGGCCAACUAUGGGUUCCAAUACACUUCCUGCACUUUGUCUACGUGUUUUGGCAAACAUAUUUCCUUUUCAAGCACCAUCAAGUUGUCUUUAAUGUACGGAAAUUUGUCCUACGUUUUCUACUCUGUCAUCUGGCGGUAGCUAAUUUAUGCCAGUGGCUGAAGACCGUUGUGGACGAGAUCAGCGUGGAGCGACGUUAUGAGACGGAACUGACCAUGAAUCACACUGUCGAGGACGCGGUGACCGAGCUAUGUGAUGCAAUCAAGCUGUUACUUUCGCAAAGUUCGAAUGCCAGUCUAAUGCAUCGUCCCUUGCAGUCAAACGCACACGGAAACUUUAGCGUGUCCAGCAUAUGUGGGAAUAAUGCCAUCUCAUCCACCCACUCCUGGUCAUUUGUGCGGUGCCGAUCUACAGCUCAACAUCUGGCUCCGUUCCUUUUUCCGUGUGCGAUCGAAUACAGUCUAAUCGCAGGCGCGAUAUUUUACAAAAUGUUUCAGAAGAUUGGACAUGUGCAAAAGGAAUCCGAGCGAAGGGAAAGUGUACGGCUGGCAAACACUUUGGCUGGUCGAUUUUCUGAGUGUCAUCGAUCACACAAGGGGCUGUUCAUCGGUCUUCUUCUAUUUAUGGCCACCUUAGUUACCAUGUGUUUGUUUUUCAUCUUCUACGUCAGACGGGAGAAACGAACCACCGCGAUCACUUUGUAUCAAUCCACCGAACUGCUUCUGUUAGCCCUGAGCACUAUCACAUGCAUUGUGACUACAUUCCGUCUGCGAGUACUCAGGCUGAGUGCGCUAUCAGAGGAGGGUGCGUUCGAUGACAAUCUGCUGUUGAUUGGACUGACUGGUAUGAUAUUCUACGAUUUAUUUCUCUUGGUUCCGGCAGUAGAAGCGGUCCCAACGGGUCAGACCGCUGCUAAGCUGUUCGCCGCUAAGGCGUUGCUGGAGAUCGUUCAAUCCGUAGUACAGAAGAACUUGCUUCAGUGA